GGCCUCCCGCACGUUAUAUUAACCCUCGAACUAGCUUGCUUGAUCUGUUGUAAAGACAGGGGGAGAAUGGAAGAGGUUGUUUGGCAAUUAGAACAAGUAGCGCAUUCCUCGUGAGGGUUACCACUUACCACUUAUCAGUUCCGCGUAUAAUGCUGCCGUGCUGGCGGAAGUGAGAAUGACUUCGGACGGCGCCACGUCGGCGGCGGCCAAUCGGAGGAAGCCGUCGUGGAGGGAGAGAGAGAACAACCGGAGGAGAGAGAGGCGAAGGAGAGCUAUAGCAGCCAAGAUAUACUCUGGACUUAGGGCGCAGGGGAACUACAAUUUGCCCAAACACUGCGACAACAACGAGGUCCUCAAGGCUCUCUGCGCCGAAGCUGGUUGGACCGUCGAAGAAGACGGCACCACCUAUCGCAAGGGAAGCAGGGCAGCACUAGCACUAGCACUAGCAGGUGAUGGUGCAGGUACCUCCAGCAGAAACACGCCUUUCUCGUCACAAAAUCCGAGUCCAAUUCCUUCAUACCAAGUGAGUCCUUCCUCAUCCUCUUUCCCGAGCCCAUCUCGUUUGGACGGGAACAACGCGUCAAACCUAAUCCCCUACAUUCGGCAUGCGUUCCCCGCAUCUCUCCCUCCUUUAAGGAUAUCAAACAGCGCCCCUGUCACCCCACCCCUCUCCUCGCCAACUUCCAGAAACCCCAAACCCAUUCCCACAUGGGACUCCAUCGUCAAAACCUCCAUGGCAUCAUCCUUCAACCACCACCGCCACCACCACCCUUUCUUCGCCGCUUCUGCCCCGGCCAGCCCCACGCACCGCCACCUCUACCCACCGCCACCUAUUCCCGAGUGUGACGAGUCUGAUAGCUCCACUGUUGAGUCUGGCCAGUGGCUCAACUUCCAAGCAUUUCCACCCUCUGUUUCUGCGAUGCCCAUCUCUCCCACCUUGAACUUCAUCAAACCUGUGGUGAAUCAGCAGCACAACCUUCCUAUCCAAGAGGAGAGAAUUGGGGUGCAGGUGAAGCCUUGGGUCGGGGAGAGGAUUCAUGAAGUCGGAUUGGAUGAUUUGGAGCUCACGCUCGGAAGUGGCAAGACACCUACUUAGGCUGCUUGCAAAACUGGUUCAGAUUGAGACCCCUCGAUUCAACCUUGAAACACAAGUUACAGUUAGUAAAUGGGUGCAUCUCUGCUCGUAUGUAACCACCAUAAACUUGUUAUUGGAAUAGGGAAGGAUCACAUGACAUGUUCAUUUUAUUUUAUGUUUACAGUUAUUAUGUCCAAAACCAAAACUCUUUUUAACAUAUCAAAUUUAUUUUUAUUUUAAAGGA